AUGCAGGGCGAGGGAGAGGACGACGAUUUAGUAUUCAAAGAUGCCUUAUACGCAGCACCGUACAGGACCUGGGAAAUGCGAAGUCCCCAAUGGGGAUGGCCGUGGGGCCUUCCGAACGACGCCUCGUCGACAACGACCACGACGACCACGGUGCAAAAUCGUCGCGGCAUUUUCUCGGAUGACUUUUUCUCGGAUGAGGAUCUCGUGGGAUCUGGUCAACACGGAGGUUUGGAGGGCAGUGGGGACCCACUCAACAUACGGCUGUGGGACUCUGUGACGUUGACGGCGCAAAGUCAUCAAGGGAUGUAUACGGGUUUACGGAUAAAUUGGGAUGACGAAGACGACGAGGACUACGAACUCGUGGGAUCUGGUCAUCACGGAGGUUUGGAGGGCAGUGGGGACCUACUUAACAGCUUUAUUCCAGCGUGUGCGGAGGGGAAGUUCACGUGCGGGAACGGGGCGUGCAUCGACGCGGAUCGGCGCUGCGACACCGUCGAGGACUGCGAGGACGGGUCCGACGAGGUCGAUUGUAAAGUCGCGUGUGGGGUGGGUCAGUUCGUGUGCGACGUUAAUCGCUGCAUCGAUGGCGAACGUCGCUGCGACCGCGUCUACGACUGUCAGGACCGGACCGACGAGGACUUCUGCCGUAAGAGCCUCUCUUCCUCUGAGAUUCCGUCGAGCCUUAGUCAUAAAGUAACCGACUAAUCGACUACCAUAACUA